AUGUCUACCUUUCCCUCAUGGAAGGAUCGCACACAAAAUCAGUUCGGCAAACUUCAGAUCCAAGUGCCAUGGCGCUCAUUCAAGCUCCUGGUGCCGCAUCGCAUGCGCCGCAAGAUCCGCUCAAAGCUUCGGAGUCGCUUAUCGCCAACCUCGUCCAUCUCGACAUUGCAGACCUCAUUUUCUCCCUUCGAUACUCUGCGAUCACUUCAAUCCCAUCGAUGGACGGUGUAUGAUUUCCAGUACCUCCUGUUGCUUAUUAUCGGCAUCUUCUCCCUGACCGUCAUGCAAUCACCCGGCCCGCUUGGGAAGACCGCUAUUUCGAGCCUUCUCCUGUUCUCGCUACUUAUGCCCAUCACACGGCAGUUCUUUCUGCCCUUUCUGCCCGUUGCUGGGUGGCUUAUCUUUUUCUACGCUUGCCAGUUCGUUCCGAGCGACUGGAGACCCGCAAUUUGGGUCCGAGUGCUACCCGCGAUGGAAAACAUCCUAUACGGUGCCAACAUCAGCAAUAUCCUCUCGGCCCACCAAAACGUGGUGUUGGACAUUUUGGCAUGGAUUCCCUACGGUCUUUGCCACUAUGGCGCGCCCUUUGUCGUCUCUUUAAUUCUUUUCGUCUUCGGUCCUCCCGGUACUACUCCACUUUUCGCCCGGACUCUCGGCUACAUCAGCAUGGUGGCCGUCACCGUUCAGUUGGUGUUCCCGUGCUCUCCCCCGUGGUAUGAGAAUCUGUACGGCCUCGCUCCUGCGGACUACUCGAUGCAGGGAAACCCCGCUGGUCUUGCUCGCAUCGACAAGCUGCUUGGAAUCGACCUGUACACCUCUGGAUUCAAGCAGUCCCCCGUUGUGUUCGGUGCUUUUCCCUCGCUUCACGCUGCUGAUUCCACCCUCGCGGCUCUCUUCAUGAGCCACGUCUUCCCUCGAAUGAAGUUCCUCUGGGUCACAUAUACUCUCUGGAUGUGGUGGGCUACCAUGUACCUUUCUCACCACUAUGCGGUUGAUCUGGUCUGUGGUGGUCUGCUCGCCACUGUGGCCUUCUACUUUGCUAAGACUCGCUUCCUUCCUCGCGUCCAACUCGACAAGAACUUCCGCUGGGACUACGACUACGUGGAGGUUGGCGACGCCUCGCGUGAGUUUGGCUAUGACCUCGCCAGCCUCGACGGUGACUUCAAUCUGGACAGCGAUGAGUGGACCGUUGGUUCUUCCUCCUCGGUUUCCUCCGGCUCCCUCAGCCCCGUCGAUGACCAUUACACCUGGGAAAGCGAAACCCUCACCUCAAACCACGACCACCACGACCUUGAAGCUGGUCGCUAA